AUAGAGUCAGUUGUUAGCAUGAGUUUAGUGUGAUACGACCGGCAUUUGGAAAGCGCAUUAACCAACUCUGCGAUAAAUAUUAAACCGGUUUUCUGGAAUAAUAAGUGCUCAGUUUUCACGAAUAUGCAGACUGGUGGAAAACCCCAUACAUUAUUUUGGGCCAUCUUUUUUUGUUUGUUAUGGUUAGUUAUGACAUCGAAUGAUGAUUUGGUCGAUUUCGAUUUCGCAAACCUAAAGGAAAUUGAAUGGAAUUACAACAGCGAGCGAAUCAGAGAUCAAUUGCAUAAUGCUGCCGACGAUAACUUUAUUCAAACUUUUGUAACAAUGAGCGACUUGGAUGAACAAACCCAAAUUCGCCCUUUUAAUUUGAGAGAACAUGUUUUGAGAAGUGCACUUUCGAAAGCCUUAACUAAUGAGCAGUUACGCCAAAAGUUUGUGGAAGUUAUGCCAAUAUUACGUGCCUUAACUCCUCAACAGCGAUUAACAUUGUCUGCGCUAAUAACAGCACAAAUAAAUUUGAAGGGUGACCAAGGCCUAAAAUUAGAACAGGUACGUGCGAUGUUUGGAAAUGACAAGAAACUGUUACUUCCAAUUGUGUAUGAUAUUGCAAAUCUUGUGCGCAAUUCAGCUCGAAAAUAUUUGAUUUUGAAUCUCGAUUUGCCGAGCCAAAAUAACCGGCCACCAGGUAUAGAACGUCGCAUGGAAGAUGUAUCUUCAACAGAGUUACUGGAUGAAGAACAAAUUAAGAAAACGGAUGGUUUAUCUAUCGUUAGUAGACAAAAUAAAAAUGGAGUGUCAUUAGAAGAAUUUUUCAGUGAAACUGGUGAAGAAAUGUUAGAUCCGCAAAGUAUAAAUGAGGAAUUGCAAGAAGUAUUGAAUACAACUUCACCCCCAAUCGAACAAUUUAGUGCUUUUAAUUCGAUUGAGAAUUCACCGAAGCGAACUAAACGAAUGGCUACAACAUCAGAAUUUGCCCAUAAAUUAAUUCGCUCUGAUUUACCUUCAAUCGAUGAUGUCGAUAUUGGUCGUCGAAUUACAGGGAAUAUUAUACAACUGAACACCACAGCUUUUAUUAAUGCAAAAGACAUAAGUAAUGAUUCUUUGUCUAGCAAGAAUCGAUCGAAUAGUAUUGAAUAUGUAGAUAUCGGAAAUAGAACAUUUACUGAAAAUCAACUUCAGCAUUCAAAAUCGCAUCAAGAAGUUGAGAAUCUUGCUUUUGCUAGUUUAAAAGAAAUAGAAGUAAAUCUACAAAACAACAAUGAAUCUAUGAUAAAUGGGUUGGACGAGAUUUUACCCAUUCCUGAAGAGCUAAUUGCAGGUCCACGAUACCGCAUUGCAGGCAAUAAAAAGCACCUCAGUCGGUCUAAACCAACAACUACGAAACGGAAACGAGGCCAAGUUUCGCACAUGCGUUCCAAUAUAGAAGGACUACAUAAUGGAGGAAGGAGUAAUAACGGUGUUUUGCCACCCCAGAAAUGUGAGAGGUUCACUUCUUCUAUGUGUAUUCGAACUGAGGACUAUCCACUAGAUCUAAUAAUGGGUAGCAUUCGACGACAUAAAAACGCUAUGGUCGCUUUGUGGGCCGAUUAUCAUGACAAGUAUGCCCAGUUGGAUGCAACUGAUGACAUUGACGACAUUUCUAUCCGUCGUAAAGAAAACGAAGCUAAUGGAGGUGGAAUGUGUCAGAGUGUUGUUCGGUAUGCGCGUCCUCAAAAGGCUCGUUCCGCAUCUGGCGAAUGGAAAUAUAUAGUUAAUACCGGCCAGCAUACUCAAACGCUCAGAUUGGAGAAAUGCAUUGCAUCAGAAGAGAGUUGCUCCUAUUUGGCUCAUAGCUAUCGUUCUCAUUGCACUCAGAUCUAUAAUUACCAUCGCCUGCUUAGUUGGGAUAGAACACGUGGCUUACAUGUGGAUAUAUUCAAAGUACCUACUUGCUGCUCUUGUCAGAUAGAUGGAUUGCGGCAUCAUUUUCCGUUAAACGCAGAUACCAAAACAAGACAGUUUACACCCGCUUUAAACUCAGAUAUUUAUUCGACUAUUAAUGAAGAAUUCAAUUAUAAUGACGAACAGGAUGAGGAUGAUUUAAACUACCAACUUAAUAAUGGUCUUAAAGGAAAUCAUAAAAAGUAUGAUAACAAUGAGUUAAUGUUAGAUACUCGAUCUAAACUUCAAUCACCGAAUCCAACAUUGGGAUCAUAUCUCAUCCCCCCUGGUGGCGAAGAAGAAUAUGAUUUCAUUGAUUAUAAGCAAGAUCUCCAACACAAACAUAAGAAUUUUGGCCAUACUUUGAGUACAUCAGGCACUACGAAAAAUAUAAUAAGAAAUUCGCAACGUAGGCAGCCACAUAAAAGACUGGGUCCAGCUAAUACUUUCAAUCAAGAGCGUGUAGAUUUGGAUAUUGCACCAAGUGAGCUGCAUCAGAAGCAAGAGGUAAACUUUCCUGCCAGCUCUUUGGCCAAUUUUAAUAAGCGAACUCCACAAAAACGGCAACGUAUUCAUUCUGUGCUCUAUACAGCUCCAACUAGCAUCUCACCCAUUUUUACUGCAGUCGCUGGUACAUUCACACCUACUGACAUCGUUAAAUCUCCCAUUACAGGGGAAGACCCAACUUCUUCAACAACGACCAUUCAACACCGAGUCGUUGAAAGUAUCAACAAUACUGCCACCAAUGCCCAUCAAACGUCAGGGCCGAACUCGUUCUAUAACGGUACUCAGCAAAAACAAAGUAAUUACAGCUCCAACAGCAAGGUUAACAGACAUUACCAAUUUCUUGGCAAUGUCGAGCAGAACUCCAUAUCAAGAUUUCGCUCAGAAGCACGCCCCAUUAUUACAUCAACCGCUAGAACAAGAAAAAGGUCAAAGCCAUCAACAGCGGGCCACCCAAAUCAGUGGAGCUUUUCGCAGAAUGAACAACCGACUUCCACGCGAUCUCCACAUGUUCCUUCAUUCCAUGUAAACUCUAUUCAUAAUACUCAAUCUAACUCAACCGACUUUAGUAAUUCAGCAGACACUUCUCAAAUAUCAUCUGAGCCCGGUGUAAAAAGAAUAAACUAUAGCUAUCAUCCUAUUAUUGACUUUUUCGAAAACCAAAAGUACUCCACCGUCGUGGCAACAGUAAAAACAAUAGGUGAACAGAGAAAAAUUGAUGAUAGUAGUGAAGGACAAAUAUAUCCUCAUAAGAUAAUGAAAGAACGAACACCACUUGUAUCGGAAAACUUAGGCGCUAACUCAAGAAAUAGAGAAAGUGGGCUGAGUUUGCCUGACAGAACCGGAAACACUGUAGAUAUGGUCAACAGACUUCAUAUGGAUGACAAUACCUGGCAUCCGGUUCUAAUAAAAAUGAAAGAUCAUUCGUAUUAGAAAAAUAUUUCGUAUUUAUAGAAUUUUCACGAUAUGUGAGUAUUGAUUAUAUAAUAUAAUUUAUUUUUAUAUUUAUAUAGUUUCAUUAAUUUAAUCCGCGUAUUUAUUAAACUAUCGAAAGCGAGCUCUCUCGUAGGAAUGCAUAGCAUAUAUCCAUAUAUGUAAAUAUUUGGAUUUUUUAAAAGCAAUAAUGACCAAUAGAAAUAAGCAUAUGUUGUAGUUUAAGUAAACUCAUAUUUGAAAGAAAAUUAUGGAGAGUUUUUCUUAAUUAGUAACUAUUUAAUGAGGAACUCUUAUACACACAUGUAUGUAAACCUACAAUUAGUGGAAAAGAAGAUGAAAUAAAAAUAGGAAUAGGAAUAAUAUUUGUGAGUAUAUAUAAACAAUACGAAGACAUUAAUCGUUGGUCAAAGCCUGUUUCAUCCGUUUAUAAAUAUUUUAAAUUUAACUGAAAUAAGUGACUAAAGGUUGCUAUAAAUUAUGGAUUAAAGAUAUUUGUGUACUCAAAACUAUUACCAUCAUUAUUUUUGACUAUUGUUAAUUUCCACAGAAAUAAAAUACACUAAUUAGAA